GGGCGCCGGGCGGUGCGGGGACGGCGCGGAGCGGGGUUGGUCGGCGCGGGCAUCUCCCCCCCGCCACGGCCUGGCCAGUGGAAGGCGCCGGCAGCUGAGGUUCCGAGUGGCCUCGGCGGUGGGCUGUGCCGGAGUCUCCUCCCUUUGGCCGGCCGCAGGCCUGCAGCCGCAGUGUCGCCGCCGCCGCCAUGGCCUCGCAGCAGCUCUUCCGCGCGCUCGUGUCGGCGCAGUGGGUGGCCGAAGCGCUCCGGGCCCCGCGGGCCGGGCAGCCCCUGCGGCUGCUCGACGCCUCCUGGUACCUGCCCAAGCUGGGCCGCGACGCGCACCGCGAGUUCGAGGAGCGCCACAUCCCGGGCGCCGCCUUCUUUGACAUCGACCAGUGCAGCGACCGCACGUCGCCCUACGACCACAUGCUGCCCAGGGCUGCGCACUUCGCCGAGUACGCGGGCCGCCUGGGCGUGAGCGCCUCUACCCACGUCGUGGUCUACGACGCCAGCGAUCAGGGCCUCUACGCGGCGCCGCGCGUCUGGUGGAUGUUCCGCGCCUUCGGCCACCGCACCGUGUCGCUUCUCGACGGCGGCCUCCGCAACUGGUUGCGCCAGGGCCUCCCGCUGAGCGCGGGCAAGAGCCGCCCGGAGCCCGCAGAGUUCCACGCGGUGCUGGACCCCGACUACGUCAAGGCGUACGAGGACAUCAAGGAGAACCUCGAAUCCCGGCGCUUCCAGGUGGUGGAUGCCCGCGCCGCUGGCCGCUUCCGGGGCACCGAGCCCGAGCCCCGAGAAGGCAUCGAACCCGGCCACAUCCCCGGCACUAUCAACAUCCCCUUCACGGAAUUCCUGACCAAGGAGGGCUUGGAGAAGAGCCCCGAGGAGAUCCGCCUCCUCUUCCAGGACAAGAAGGUGGACCUGUCCCAGCCCCUGGUGGCCACGUGCGGCUCCGGCGUCACAGCCUGUCAUGUGGCACUGGGGGCCUACCUCUGCGGCAAGCCCGAUGUGCCCCUCUAUGACGGCUCCUGGGUGGAGUGGUACAUGCGCGCCCAGCCCGAAGAUGUCAUCUCCGAGGGCCGGGGGAAGACCCACUGAGGCGUGGCGGGACACAGGAAGCUCGGGUGACACCCAGCCACCAGCAGUGCCCAGCCUGUUGGUUCUGACUCUUCUUUGACCAGUAUAGGGUUUCUUCCUCCAACCCAGGUGGCGCUUAGGGUGACAUCCCAGAGGCCAGCAAUUCCGCUGCCUCGCGGGCUCUCAGUGGAGGCGGCAGAGAAGGUGGUGGUGGGAGCAGGGGGAGGGGAGCUGCCCACGUGGUGCUGAGCUGGAGCCCCACCUCCCCUCUGUUGAGAAAUAAAACAGUCAAGUGCUAAAUCCUUCUAA